UCGAGCAGUCGCGCGGCGGUUCCCGUGUUGUAUGUGCGCGCGCAGUUUGUUCAACCGCUCGAAAACUUACGAAUAUUUUCGUAUACAAAGAUGCAGCGUUCCGUCCAACAAGCGAACGGGGACGGCGUUCUUGGUUCUCCAAGAAAAAAACAAUGUUUAUCAAAUGAUUCGACUAAAGUUACUGUCGUUCUUGGAGCACAAUGGGGCGACGAGGGUAAAGGCAAGGUCGUCGAUAUGCUUGCCAUAGAUGCUGACGUCGUCUGCAGGUGUCAAGGAGGAAGCAAUGCCGGGCAUACUGUAGUAGUAGACGGUGCGGAGUUCCAUUUCCAUCUUCUACCCAGUGGAAUAAUGAAUCCUAGAUGCACGUCGGUUAUAGGAAAUGGGGUAGUAAUACAUCUGCCAGGUCUCUUUGAAGAGUUGGAAAGUAAUGAAGCCAAAGGUUUGAAAAACUGGCAAGAACGAUUAGUGAUUUCCGAUCGCGCACAUAUAGUAUUUGAUUUCCAUCAACAAGUUGAUGGCCUUCAGGAAUUAGAAAAGGGUACACAAUCUCUUGGUACCACGAAGAAGGGAAUUGGACCAACAUACUCAAGCAAAGCUGCCAGAAAUGGACUCAGGAUAUGUGAUCUCCUUGGAGAUUUUGAUAAGUUCUCACAGAAAUUUGAUAUGUUGGUGACAUCAUAUCAAAAAAUGUUCCCAGCAUUGCAUGUUGACGUGAAAGCAGAGCUACAACGAUAUAAAGAAUAUGCAGAAAGAAUAAGACCAAUGGUAAAAGAAACAGUUCAGUAUUUAAAUCAUUCAUUACGUGAAGGAAAAAAAGUAUUAGUUGAAGGCGCAAAUGCUGCAAUGUUGGACAUAGACUUUGGAACUUAUCCCUAUGUUACCAGUUCUAACUGCAGUAUAGGUGGUGUUUGUACUGGUCUUGGACUUCCACCAUCCUAUAUUGGAGAAGUUGUUGGAGUUGUUAAAGCAUACACUACAAGAGUUGGUGAUGGUCCAUUUCCUACCGAACUGUUAGAUGCUACUGGUGAAUUUUUACAGAAGAAAGGACAUGAAGUGGGAGUUACUACAAAUAGGAAAAGGCGUUGUGGUUGGCUAGAUUUAACUCUCCUUAAAUUUACCUCUAUGGUUAAUGGAUAUACAGCAAUAUGUCUGACAAAGUUAGAUAUUCUUGAUACACUACCAAAAAUUCGAAUUGGUGUAGGAUAUCGGUUGAAUGGUAAAGAGAUAGACUAUUUUCCCAGUAGUACUUCUGACUUAGCAAAAGUGGAAGUAAUUUAUGAAACUAUGGAUGGUUGGCAAUCGAAGACUGAGGGUGUACGUUCGUUGGAAAAAUUACCUCCCAAUGCCAGAAAAUACAUAAAAUUAAUAGAAGAUUAUCUCAAUGUACCAGUUAAAUGGAUUGGAGUGGGAGCAGGUCGUGAAAGUGUGAUCGCACUCUGACGUUAUAUUUAUUGUUUACAACAAUGGAAAUAUGUUUAUUUGUUCACUCAGUUUGCUAUUCUUUUGGUAAUAAUUGUAGUUUGCCGAAAGAGUUGAUGAAACAAACGCACAGAGAGUACACGACAAAAAAAAUAAUAGCAUUAAGCUUUUAAAUUUUAGUAGUAUAUAACGAUUUAAGAAGAGAAUGAAAGUCUCGUUUCUUCGAGUUCCUCCUUCUUAUUGGAUAAUUCAUAUUAAUUGUCUUAUCCAUUGUUCGAAUGUACAAUAAGAUACGUUAAUUAAAAUGUAUUUAUUUGAAA